GACACAGCGAUGGAUUCAUCAAGAGGGAUAUCCUCAAGCUUAAGCAUGACUGACAGUCCAGAGCAGUAUAGCAGCAUCUGUUGUAGCUCAAUCAUAGAAGACAUCAGCAGAAGAGCACAGAAGAUGGUCGAGAAGAUCAACCACAGCCGCACCAGUGACCAGAAGGUGAUGGACAGCUUUGAGGAGAAGUUGUUGGAGAAGGUGAGGGAGAUGUGCCAGCAGAUGAAGGGACACAUGUACACAGUCUAUGAGGAGAACAGUGAUGAGAUGCAGGUGAAGCUGCAGGAGCUUUCAGAGGUGCUGGAGAGCUGCACGAAGCUCAACAAUGAGCUGCUGGAAGCCAAUCGGGCCCUGGCAUGUCUGAGAGAGGGUCUGGCAAUCACCCAGAAAGAACCGUGAAAAACUAGUGAUUAUCUGACAUUAACGUUACUCUGAACUGGUUAAUAAGUUACUAUAAAUGCUAAUUUGUUCAUUAUUAUAUUGAUAAUUCAGAGUAACUGAUGCUAUCUGUGCACCUGCUGGUAUUGGUUUUGUUUUGCUUUCAGGUUUGUUCCUGUUCUUCAAAAAUACGCAGUUGACUCUGUUUUUAGAACA